UACACUGUUGCUACUUUUUCUGUCAAUUGUGGAUGUAGAACGUAUAAAUUGUCUGGAUGAAUUUGAAGCUGAUCAAAUGACAGACGACGAGUCAGCGGCAGCAUCGUCAUCGGCAUCGGAAAAUGUUAUCGACAUUUCAACGAGUACAACCCAGUGUUUCUCAUCAGAGUCACCGUCUUUUUGCCCGGAUAUCGAUGAUGAUAAGACUGAUAAGUCUGAUUUCAACAUUGCAGCAAAAGCAGCUCAAGUUGCAACAGCGGCAAAAGAUGCACAAUCAAAUGCCGCUGAAUGUGCGGCCAACCAGGUGAAAUUUCAGUUGGCCGAGAAGGCGAUUAAAGCCUCAAAUGCUGUUCAAACUGUCCUGGAGUGUAAACGGGCCUUGGUCGAUAAAUUGAAGAUGGAAAUGAGCGCAGCCGAUGCAAUGUCAAAUCAUUUGGGAAAUUUCAUACAGACGAGUGAGUGUAAUGCCCAAAGAGUCGAUAGUGCAUUCAAAUCUGCCGAGUCACAGUUUAAACAAUUGCUGGAAAUAGAGAAUUCGAUGCGUCACAGUGUUUCGGGCCUGUCAUACAUGGGUAAAUUGGCUCAAACGGAUUUCAAUGCGAAGCGUCACAUGCUCAUCGGAGCCAAGGAACGCGCCGAUCGACUUCAAAAGCAACUCGACUCUGUUCGCAACGAGUAUGAAAAGGUCAAGGUGGCUGCCUAUCAAGCAGCCUGUGCUGCAGUUGAGGCCAGACAGAAGGCAGACUCCACAUCCGAUCACAACUGUCACAGUCGCAGUCGCAGUCACAGUUACAGACGACAACAACGUAACGAGCUACACAAAAGCCAGAAAAAAAAAUGUAGAAAAUCAUAGAUGGACUACUUAUGAAUGGGGGUAAUGGGUGCCUACCAACGGGAUAAACUUUAUGUUUUGUAUUUUGUGUUACUUUUGGAAUUCUGUGUUAUU